ACCUCGUGCCCCACGUGUGGGGAGAAACUCAGUGAGACCAAAGGGAUUGAGGUAGGGCACACGUUUUACCUGGGCACCAAGUACUCGUCUGAGAACAAGCCCCAGCUGGCAGAAAUGGGCUGCUACGGCCUGGGUGUCACUCGCAUCCUGGCGGCCUCCAUCGAGGUGCUCUCCACUGAGGACAGCAUCCGCUGGCCCAGCCUCAUCGCUCCCUACCAGCUGUGCUUCAUCCCCCCCAAGAGGGGCAGCAAGGAGGAGGAGGGAGCGGUGCUGCUGGAGCAGGUGUAUGAUGACCUGGCUGAAGCACUGCCCCACCUGGCUGGCGACUCAGUGCUGGACGACCGGACCCAGCUGACCAUUGGUAAAAGGCUGAAGGACGCCAAAAGGCUGGGCUAUCCCUACGUGGUUGUAGCUGGGAAGAGGGUCUGCGAGGACCCUCCAGUUUUUGAGGUUUGGAAUCAGAAUGCUGACGAAGUUUUGUUCCUCACCAAAGAAGGGGUCAUAGAGCUGCUGAGUAAAGUGCAAGUCCCUUAGAUGCCUCCUCUCUGAGUCUGUCAUCUCUGCUGCAAUGAGAUUGUCUGAGCAGCCCUGGCCAUGGCUCUGGGUGAGCAGAGGCAAAUCCAGCACACAUCAGAGCCAGCCACAGUGUCCUGCAGGUGUGCCAGGUGCUGAGGUUGAGCUGGAAUCAGCCCACAUUCCCCCACAGGGCUGGGGACGUUCUUCCCUCUGGAUACAGGUCCCUGGCAGCUGCUUUUUCCAGCACUUGUAGCCUCGUUGGCUGUGGGAGCACACACCGCCUGGCAGGGACAGACUGGUCAUGGCCUCUGUCAGGAGCACAGGACAGCCAAGACAGCACAGGGGCACAGGAGGGCUCCCCUCACUGCCACAUUCUCAGCAUGAAGAAUUCUAAAAGAGAGACAAAGGAAGGUGACUUUCCUUUGUUUGCAUCUCUUUGGGAGCACUCGGGUCCCAUGAAGGUGGAAGCUUGCCAUGGCAGGCCCUGGGGCUCCCGUGAGGAACAGCUUGGUGCCAUCCCAGCAGCACUGAUGGACAGGGACCUGCUUGGAGGGGGUCACCUCACCCUGUGCCACAGCUCCUCUGUGUGAGAUCGAGAGAUCAUGAGCAACAGCGGUACCACUGUAAUAAAAUCACUGAAUCGUUUAGGUUGGAAAA